AUGUUGUCCUCUGUCUGCCUGCGCCGCGCAUGCGCCCCCUCGCUCGGAAACCGACUCGUUAUUCGGUCUCUCUCCACCACCGCUAUGCGCAAUGCCGAGGAUGGCAAGCCAUCCUUCUCGUUCAAGAAUUCCCCCGCUCCUCCUCGUCUUUCCAAGGAAGAACAAGAUAUUUUCGAAGACCUUCAACGUCGCUCAACGGGUGCAUUCAGUACACCUCAGGUCAAUCAGUCCCCACAAUCCGCCAGCCAGGCCGAGAUCAAGGUCAACGGCAGUGGCGAGGAGCUUCAUCCGGAUGCGCCUACAGGCCUGAAGCCUGAAUUUGAGGGCGAGAAAAAUCCCAAGACGGGUGAGGUCGGAGGUCCGAAGAAUGAGCCUUUGCGAUGGGGAUCUGGAGGAGACUGGAGCUAUGGAGGACGGGUCACCGAUUUCUAA